AUGCAGCACCGAGGGCCCAGCGGGGUGAACCAGCUCGGGGGGCUCUUCCUGAACGGCCGCCCCCUCCCCACCUGCAAGAGGCAGAGAAUCAUCGCUCUGGCGGCCGGCGGCGCCCGCAGCUCCGACAUCUCCCGCAGCCUCAAGGUGUCCAACGGCUGCGUCAGCAAAAUCCUGGGCCGCUACUACCGGACCGGGGCCGUGGGGCCCAAGGCCGUGGGGGGCUCCAAGCCCCUCACGGCCACCCCCGCCGUGGUGGCCAGGAUCGCGCGGCUGAAGCUGGAGCAGCCCGGGCUCUUCGCCUGGGAGAUCCGCCGGCAGCUGCACGCCGAGGGGAUCUGCGCCGGCAGCGGCAUCCCCAGCGUCUCCUCCAUCAACCGCGUGCUCAGGACCCUGCCCAGCGACCUCCGCCUGGCGGCCGAGCCCCGGGACCCUCGGGGGUCCCCGCUGGCCGCGGCCCCCGGCCCGCAGCUCCCGCAGGGCCGCGCUGCGGGGCCCCGGCGCGGCGGCGGGGGCAGGAGCAGGAGCAGGAGCAGGACCGUGUUCUCCCGGGAGCAGGCGGAGGCUCUGGAGCAAGAGUUCCGGAGGGGGCAGUACCCGGACACCGCCACCCGGCAGAGCCUGGCCGCGGCCACGCAGCUCCCGGACAGCACCGUCAGGGUCUGGUUCUCCAACCGCCGAGCCAAGUGGCGACGGGAGAACGAGCAGCAGCGGGAGGCUGGCGGAGCAGGUCCCGUUCCGGGCGGGAGCCCAGCUCCAGCGCCCUGGCAGCCGCCGGAGAGCCCCCGCUUCGCCCUGCUGCCCCCCGGGCUGCCCCCGCUGCCGGCCUGGGGCCCGGAGCCCCGCUGA